AUGCCGCCGCGGCGCAGCAUCGUGGAGGUGAAGGUGCUGGACGUGCAGAAGCGGCGGGUGCCCAACAAGCAUUAUGUCUAUAUCAUCCGGGUUACCUGGUCCAGCGGCUCCACAGAGGCCAUUUACCGGCGCUACAGCAAGUUCUUUGACCUCCAGAUGCAGAUGUUGGACAAAUUUCCCAUGGAAGGAGGACAGAAGGAUCCCAAACAGCGGAUCAUUCCCUUUCUGCCAGGCAAAAUUCUCUUCCGACGGAGCCAUAUCCGGGACGUGGCCGUCAAACGCCUCAUACCGAUUGAUGAGUACUGUAAGGCCCUGAUCCAGCUGCCCCCCUACAUCUCUCAGUGUGAUGAGGUGCUGCAGUUCUUUGAGACAAGACCCGAGGACCUGAAUCCGCCCAAAGAGGAGCAUGUUGGGAAAAAGAAAUCUGGGGGUGACCUGACCUCGGUGGACCCCAUGGUCCUGGAACAGUAUGUGGUAGUAGCUGACUACCAGAAGCAGGAGAGCUCAGAGAUCAGCCUCAGCGUGGGGCAGGUGGUGGACAUCAUCGAGAAGAACGAGUCAGGUUGGUGGUUUGUCAGCACUGCCGAAGAGCAAGGCUGGGUCCCCGCAACCUGCCUGGAGGGGCAGGACGGUGUGCAGGAUGAGUUUUCCCUACAGCCCGAAGAAGAGGAGAAGUACACAGUUAUCUACCCAUACACAGCUCGUGACCAGGAUGAAAUGAAUCUAGAGAGAGGGGCCGUGGUGGAAGUCAUUCAGAAAAACCUGGAAGGCUGGUGGAAGAUCAGGUACCAGGGCAAAGAGGGCUGGGCCCCAGCCUCCUACCUGAAGAAGAACAGUGGGGAGCCCUUACCCCCAAAGCUGGGCCCUGGUUCAUCCGCCCACACCGGCGUUCUAGACCUGGAUGGCAUUUCCCGGCAGCAGAGUUCAAUGGGCCGGGACAGGGAGCUGCUCAACAACCAACGGGACGGCCGGCUCGAAGGCCGCCCAGUGCCUGAUGGCGACAUCAAACAGAGAUCACCCAAGAUGAGGCAGAGACCGCCUCCGCGCCGGGAUAUGACCAUACCUCGUGGUCUCAACCUGCCCAAGCCUCCCAUUCCACCCCAAGUGGAGGAAGAGUAUUACACCAUUGCCGAAUUCCAGACGACCAUCCCUGAUGGCAUCAGCUUCCAGGCAGGUCUGAAGGUUGAGGUGAUCGAGAAGAACUUGAGUGGCUGGUGGUAUAUUCAGAUUGAAGAUAAGGAAGGAUGGGCCCCGGCAACCUUCAUUGACAAGUAUAAGAAGACCAGCAAUGCCUCAAGACCCAACUUUCUGGCUCCCUUGCCCAACGAGGUGACCCAGGAUGCAGCAGCCGUGGAGACCAACAUGGGCAGUGAGGCCAUCGGCCCCUCCCGGCCCUUGCCCGAUGCACCACACGCUGCUGUGGACUCCGGGAUGCCGUGGUCCAAAGACUGGAAGGGCGGCAAGGAGGCCCUGAGGAAGGCGUCUUCCGACAUGUCCUCAUGCGCCGGCUACGAAGAGAUCUCAAGCCCCGACCUGGAGGAGAAGCCCAGCCUCCCUCCCCGGAAAGAAUCCAUCAUCAAAUCAGAAGGGGAGCUGCAGGAGAGGGAGCGGCAGAGGAUGGAGCAGCUCAGGGGCUCCUCGCCCAAACCUCCGGGCAUGAUUUUGCCAAUGAUUCCAGCCAAACACACGCCCCCGGCCCGGGACAGCAGGAGGCCAGAGCCCAAACCUGACAAAAGCAAGUUGUUCCAGCUGAAAAAUGAGAUGGGGCUAGAGUGUGGCCACAAGGUCUUAGCCAAGGAGGUGAAGAAGCCCAACCUCCGACCCAUCUCCAAGCCCAAAGCUGACCCACCGGAGGAGAAGCCAGAAGUUAUUUCCCAGAAUCCCUUCUUGAAGUCCAAACCUCAGGUUAGGCCCAAGCCAGCUCCUUCCCCGAGGACAGAGCCACCUCAGGGCGAAGACCAAGUGGAUAUCUGCAACCUCAGGAGCAAGCUGAGGCCCGCCAAGUCCCAAGAGAAGCCCUCUCUGGAUGGAGAGAGCAGCCCCCAGGCUGUCGGGGGCCAAGAUGUGGCCUUCAGCCGGAGUUUCCUCCCAGGUGAUGGGCCUGGCCAUGCCCAGGACCGGACGGGCAGACAGGAUGGGCUCAGCCCAAAGGAGAUGUCCUGCAGAGCCCCUCCAAGGCCAGCCAAGACCACAGAUCCGGUGCCGAAGAGUGUGCCUGCCCCUGUCCAAGAGGCUCCCCCGCAGAGACCUGUGGUCCUGCCCCGGAGACCACCACCCCCUAAGAAAACCUCUUCAGCCUCCAGGCCCCUCCCAGAGGUCAGAGGGCCACAACGGGAAGCCAGUGAAGGCAAGGCAGCUCCUGCCCCAGGUCGGGCCCUGCUGGUCCCUCCUAAAGCCAAACCUUUUCUUUCUAAUUCCUCAGGCAGCCAAGAUGACAUGCGAGGCAGAGGUGGUCUGGGACCACGGAUGGUGGGCAAGAUCGGAGAGAACAGAGAGAAACUAGCUGCAACCCCUUUUCCCAAUGCUGAUGGCCUGAAGGACUCUUUAUAUGUGGCAGUGGCCAACUUUGAAGGAGACGGAGAUACCAGCAGCUUCCAGGAGGGGACGGUGUUCGAGGUCCGGGAAAAGAACAGCAGUGGCUGGUGGUUCUGCCAAGUCCUGAGCGGGGCCCCUUCCUGGGAAGGGUGGAUUCCUUCCAACUAUCUCAAAAAGAAGCCAUAGCCACCUCCUUCCCUGCCUGGCAAUCCCAUGCAUCUCUGCUGGCUUUACCCACGUAUUUAAUUUAUCACCCUUCAUGCAGCUUCAAAGGAAGGAAGACUCUAGAGCACUGUGGUUUCUUCCCUCCCUUGGGUGGAGAGCAGUCCCCCUCACUGCAGCAUGGCCUGGAGGCUCAGAGGCCACACCCCCUGCUUCCUCUCCAGGUCAGCAACCCUGCCUUAAGGCCAGUGGCAUUGCCACCCUCUGUAGGCCACCUAACAGCAGGACCGUGACUCUCCAAGGCCUCCAAGACCAGAACCCAUUGUCUGGAAACUGCAGAAACCGUCUCAUUGCUGGUACCCCACCCAGUCUGUGAUGGCUGGCUCCAACUUCUCCAUGUUUCUAAAAGUCCAGGGACUUUAUUUACUCCAUUUCCAAAAUGGUGGGUACCAGGAAGAAUUCCUGCCCUGGAAGUUGGCUCCAUUGCCAGUCCCAGAGAGAUGUCCUCCUCUGGACCCUGAGAGGCUCUGGACCUGUGAGCCUCUCAGGUUCGCCAGAUGCAGCUGCCCCAGGAGUGGGCCCGAAGGUCCACUGAGACAUUCCGCCUCCCAUCUUCUGGGACCCUGACAGAUCCCAGAGGGGUGCUUCCAGCCCCAGCAUGCUUCACCGUCCUGCACAGGGCUUUUUAAAUAGAAAUUUCCACCCCACCUUGGGCCAUUUCACAUUUGUCUCCGUAGAACAAGAAUCUCAAAGUUGCUUUGAAAGGAGCGGUUCACAAUCCACGCCCCUUGGGAGCACCCCUUCGCUAGGUAGCUAGUAGGUACCAGACUCUGUCCUUGGCACUUGACAUUACAUCCUCACAUCAAUCCUCUCUUGGGAUAUUGCACCUGUGAUGGACAGAGAACCUCGGACUCUGUGCCCAAGGGUGGGUACACUAAUUAGGAAGAAGAGGAAAGAGGACUUGAGGCUGGCCUGACUUCCAUGCCCGUGCCCUUCCCCCAGUAGCAGCCUAACCGGUCAGGGAAAGGGAAGAUGCUAAGUGCCAAGAGCAGGUGGCCAAAUGGCUUGCUUGUGGUGUGGGUGAGGGGGCAUUAGUGUCUGCUCCCACACCUACCACCCCUCCAACCCACUGCAGCUCACACUGAAGCCUGCCCCGCACCCUCCACAGCUUCUCCUCCAUGGUGGGUGGCGGGGAGAGGGGGAGUUUGCCCAGAGCUCUGGCGGUUGCCACAGGACCUUGUUUCCUGCUGCUGUGCAGGUGCCCCCUCUGGAGGAUAAAACUUGUGGAGCUGAGGUGGUCUCCCAUGCCAGCCUCCAGGGGCCCUGAUGGCUCAAAGACUUGCUUCUUCCUGCUCUCUGGCAUUCAUAGAGUACUUUUCUCUGUUUCCUUUUUGUGCAUGCACUCUCCCUGUCUGUCCUCUUGCUUCCAUUUGGACAGACACGGUUCACUGAGGCACAUAGAGGCACAGCGACAUUGCAGAAUUAGAAUCAGGACCCAGGGUUUCCGGCUCCCAGCCCAGAGUUCUCGCCCAUGGACCAGGCUGCCUGGCGGGUGAGAGGGCAGAACCCUUCUUCAUCCCACCCUGCCCUGCAGAAGAGGACCCAGCUCGGAGAUCUCCGAUUCAGUGUCCAUCUGCUAUGAUGCUUUGGGGACCGCAGGGCCAGCUUUCCCGUGGACACCCACUGUCCGCCUGCAGUGCCAAAGAUUUCGGUGCACACAGCCCUUUUCUGCUCUUCCUACCCCCCACGGCCACAUGGACUCUGGAGGCUUCUACAGGAGAAGGAGCAUUCUCUGAUUCACGGGAGCAUCUUUAUUCCUUCCUUCAGUCGAUCUGUGAACCCCACCCUGAGGACCUGGGGGGCAGGGCCCUGAGGUGCCUCUAGCAGUGCCCACUUGCCCCUUGGCCCUGUGCCCAGAACUGUGGGGGAGGAUGGCAGUUGGGGAAAGAAGGAAAGCUGGGAGAAGGCCACCCACAUCUUCGAGGUCCCCACAUUUGGAAGGAAGCCCAUAGCAUGUUUUCCAGAGUUUUUUGACCCACUUUGGCUUAAACAGCUUUUAUGAAACUGUUAUGCAGAAUUGACUACAUUUCAAAAGACAGAACUCAGCCUCCCCCCCCCAUUCACACUCUGCUUUCUGUGACCUUUUCAAGUAUUUUGUGAGCACCUACCACAUGCUCGGCGCCGGGCAGACCAGAACCCGUGUGGCUCCCUGCCUGGCUCUGCGAGCUGAGGUUUUUGCUGCUUCCACAUAAAGGGUUUGUCUUUGGCCUCAUUCCCUCCUCCUGAAGGUCAGCCGAGUGGGAAUAGACUACUAGUUCCACCUUUCUGUGGGCAGAAGUGUUCCUGCAAAUGAAAGAACUUGCCUUUUUAUUAUUGUUAUUGUUACUGUUAUUGUUAUCCUGACGUGAACUGAAGGUACUGAAGCCACAUUCCUCUCUGUUCACCGUUCUUUGCUCAGGACGCAUCCAUGGCCUGGGGACUCCUCUCUCGGGCUCUGUGUGCCACAUGGUGGGCACUUGCACGAGCGACCAGAAGGGGGAUGGGUGUCUGGUGGCCAGUGGCUCUCCCUGGCUGUCUUGGCCGAUGAUUUAGCAUCACAGCACCCAGCCCUGUGGCCGCCAUCUUGUCAGCAACCUGAUGGAGGCGGUACAAAACUCCCCUGAGGUUAUGCCCACAGAGAAUGUCCCAGGCCAGUUAUAACUCCCAUGCCAAGCUCCAGGCAGGUCCCUGGUGUUUCAACUCCCUCCUCUAACUUAACCCUGAUGACAACCCUCUGAGGUGCCUGGGAUCAGCCCUGAGCUGUGGGGAAAAAGUUGAGGUUCACAGGGUGAAGUCACGUGCCCAGUCUCAUCCAGAUCAUGACUCCGCUGAGACUUGAACCCAGGGGUGCCUUCUCUCCAGUGCCCGUGCUUUUUCUUCUGCCAAUGGCAGCAAAAUGUGCAUGGCAUUUCCAGGGAAGCAGGUGACCCCCCCAUGACAGGUUUCUCCUCCCUUCACCCCACGAUCCAAUGGCAGUAGGUCACAGGCCAAAUGCCAGCCCAAAAGGUGAGCAUGUGAAAACCACAGCUUAUAGUGCCGAGAAAUCUUUGGAAAAUCUGAGUUUUAGGAUCCACCACUUGGCAAAAUGUUUCCCUCAAGAUCUCUGCCCUUUGGUGGGUUUACAUCAUUGUCCCAGGCUGAGAUGGAGGAGCUGGGCUCCGACUUGAACCACUUUUAAUGCCCUACCUCACUGAGGAAUGGCUAGAGCCCUUAGCGAGUUUCCAGUGAUCACUUUAAGCCUCACCACAGGGCCUCCCCAUGUCACCAAUUUCUUAGGCAAAAUUUUUGGCCUUAAAACGUGUCUGAGCCCACUGGGGAUCUCAGUACCAGGUGGAGUGUAGGAAAACUGACUUGCCACAUGAAAGGGCAGGGGCUGAAUCUCCCCAAGUUUUGGAAGGUCCUGAGGCUGAGGCAUGGACUUUGUCAAUAACAAAGCACUGAGUGGGAUAAAGAAGUUGCUCCAGCCCUCAACAUCAUCUGGUAAUUCGACAUCAUCAAGAGCAGGAACAUUUUUGGCAUGGCUCCCAUCCUUUUAUUGUGCCCAAGUCUGUCAGGGUUGGGUCAGGCUGCUCCCUGGGAGGUCUUGCCCUUCUCUUUGGACUGGCAGUGGCUACAUAACAGCCUGAACCACGCGUGGCAGUCUUGUCACUCGCCCUUUGUUGUCCAGGCCCGUCUGUCAGAGUUUUUGCUGCAAACCAGCCAUACCGUACGAUAGACCAAAGAUGACCUAGUGUCAAACUCUGGCCCGGAGGAGUGGGAACUUGGCUCACAUGGACACCUGAGGGUUUAGGAUGCCCUCCGUCAGCCUGGAGGAAUUGCUCCUAACUUGGCUGAGGUUCUGACAGAUGGACCACAGCCUGUGACAGACCCAGAGUUAAAACCCAGAGGCUCCACAGUCUUCACCUGCUCAUGGACCACCUGUUGAGGACCCUUCCCACAGACUCAAACAUGCAGCUCCUUAGGGUAAUGUCUGGUUUCUGGUGCUACCGUCAUCAUGUGUCGGCUUUCCCUCUUUCCUUCCUGUCUCUGUCGUCUACUCCAAAGUAGGCUUCUGAGCGCCAAUCAGGACAAGUGACUCAAAUUCUGUUGUCCUCAAGGAGGCCAAACCCAGUGCCACAGCCAAUAGCCUUCACUUUCAGGCCUUCUGUCAACAUACAGACGGAGGUACCCCCCACCGCUACCACCAGGCUUAUUAGAGCAAUAAGCAAUUCUGACACAACUAGGUGUCCAUAGAUUUUCUUGCCCCUGUGUGUGCCUGUCUAUGCCUCUGUGCCCCUGUAACUGUUAAUUGUGCCCCUUUCACUUGCACAGGGGAGAUGAUAAACUAUGGUCACCUUAGCUAUCCCUACGUUUCCUGCUUCCAAGCACCACCAAGUCACUAGGCCACUUCGUGUGUCCCUCCAGGAAUAACAGUGGGGCUCUGACAGGCCCACCUCCUCACGCCUGCUCAUAGAGUGAUGCUGGAGAUCCCCCGAAUAUCACGGCCCUCCUCAUACCCUCUUGGCAAACUGGCAAAUUCUGGUGGUGAUUUUUGUUUCCUGUUAACACACAAAAAUACACGAGGAUAUAUAAUG